UUGUUUCAGUUGGGAACUUUUCAACGCUUGUCGCAAAAAUUAUCUUCAAACGACCUACGGAAUCAUUUCAAGUUAUGUAUGUUGCACCUCCAGUUAUAUUGGUAAUAGUAUCAUUUACUUCCUUCCUUCUCGACGACAAUGUUGAGGCCCGCAUCAUUAUAAUCACUGGCGUCUUAACGCAGCUCAUAAUGCAGUGGGCUGCGAUAUACAACAAACUGCCACCAGUAUCAGUUCUUACACAGCUUGAUGUGUGGAUGCUAACAAACCUUGCCUUUGUUGGAAUUGUUCUGAUAGUCAACGCUGUGAUCUGCCACUUUGUUAUUAAGGAGAAAGAAGAGAAAGAAGAAAUGAAAGAACGAAAAACAAAAAAGGAAAAAAUUAAAACGAAAACAAAAGUCCAUAAGUCAAGUGAUAAUGCACUUGAAGGCAGUAAGUCUGAGAUACAGGCAAGCAGUCAACAAGUAGGACAAACCGACGAACGUACUAGACUUCUUGAUUCUAAGCAGCCAACAUACCAUUCAACUGAGAAUUCAACCGAUCAAGCCAUUGGAAAGAAACCUAACUGUGUUGAAACACCUUGUCAACUACUCUCUGAAAAAAAAGGCUUGGAGGAGGACUUCCAUGAAUUUCUCGAAGAUAACGAGGAAAUUACAACAUCAACAAAAUGGGAAGAUGCAAAAAAUAUUCUUAAAGAAGAUCCGCGUUUUGAACGUGCUAGAAUAAUCGACAUGGCAUCAACGUGGUAUCAAACAUACUUAGAUAAGAAGAAAAAGGAAAAUUUCCAGUGCCUGUUAAAGGAAAAACUGAAGACAUUUACAAUGAAAUGGUUUUCAAAAUGGGAAAGAGUAAAAUGGAAGAUAGAUCACGAUCCUAGAUAUGCCGUUGUUGAUGUUGCUAAAAGAAAGCAAUGGUUUAACGAAUACCAGCGUAGUCAAAUAUUGACAUAUAUCAACGCUAUUUGUUUUGUUGGAAUAGCUGUUCUUUAUUUUUCUUUCGUCGGAAUUUUCUGGAAAAUGUGGGCAAAAAACAAUAAGGAAUGAGGAAAUACUUGUCUACAUAUACUUAAUACCAAAUUAUAUUAUAGUGGGUACUUUAUUAAUUGAUUUUGUUACAAUGAUGUUAAACCCUUAUAGCGGCCGAAUAGCGGAAAUAUUCAUCCAGGCAAAACAUUGAAACGCUGAAUUUUUAACAUGGAGAUUGUAAUGAUUGAUAUUAGCAUGUGUUUUUCUUGCUCUUAUUGGCAAAACAGGUGAAAUUUUAUAAUUCUGAAAACACGCUGCAGAUAUAAAUUUGAUCCAAAAUUGUAAGAAAUAAAUGAAUAGCUGAAAAACUAAUUGUAUCUAAGAUUGCAAAAGGGGUUAGCUAUGUUGGUAUAAACGAGGGGUGUUCAAACAAUUUAGUAAUUGUUACUACGCAUUGCUGGGGCUGAAAACAGGUGACCAAAAUUUUAACUCAAGCAAGCAAAUCAGAAAAUUUCUCAGGAUUACAAUUUUUAAGCAACAUUUUUUGCGCUAUAGAAAAAUUUUGACUGUUGGUCUAGUUUCAACAAAUGUGGACUCAUUUAGCACGAACUUUCUUUACAAUAGAACGUUCAGUAAAAAUGUGCUUGACCCUCGCUUCUAAAAUGCUUAUAUUGUGAACUAUUUUUGUAAAAAAAAAUCUUCAGCCAUCCUCCAAACAAUAGCAAUGUUUCCCUUUGUUGCUGCACCAACACACCUGUUUUGACAACUAUUAUCUUGAAUUCUAUUUUGAUCACCAAUAACCUGAUAUCAAACUUAUAUAUCAUACUACGAAACCAUCGCCGAGCACCAAAACACAACUUUAAAGAUUGCAUACAAUGUUAAAGGUUAUACCUUACUGUACACCCGGCAUAACAAAGCUCCUACACGUUUCGCAAUCCUUGGUCACAAAUCUAAAAUAUUUCAAUUAUAACUGUAUUCACAUGGAAGAGUAAUUUUUCGUUAUAUAUGAAUCAUGCAAUCUAUAAAAUAGAUGUUGAUGUUCUGCCAAGAAACCAGAUAUCAGUGAAAGCUAUACGUGAUGUUUAAGAAAAACGACUCAUCUGAAAUUAAAACAAUAAACACUUCAUGUCAUGCUCAUUAAUACCUAAAGUCAAUUACAUUGAUAUUCCGAUAUCGGCAUUAUUAAAGAAAUUGUGAUACUUACUGCUUUAAAGCAAAUUCAACAAGCUAACAAUAUUAGAAUAAAUAAACACCUUAACGCAAAUGUAUAUAUGACGAUUUCAUAGUUUAUUUGUAUAUGUUAUUUUGUAAUAUUUUUCUGAGCUAAUUGCAAGAACUGUUAUUGUAGACCUUAAUUGUUAUUUCACAUGGUACGUAAAUCAUAAGUGAGAUGAGCUACCUUGGGGCCCUCUAUGAAUAUUAUGUAGUCUGAUUUACACAAAUAUCUCAACUGAAUACAUCUCGGGCUGUCUCUGUAUUUUAUUCCGGUUCUUAUAAGUCGUAUAAAUGUUACGUUCUGCUCAGCCCGUGACUAGAGGACGAGGACGGUUGCUUCCAUUGUCACACCCUCCAAGAGCAGGCUCAAUCAAACAAUGCCUCCAACAUUUUCAUUUUUGUCAUGUUGGGCGACUUGUAGAUCUCUACAUUUUUUCUAUGUCCGCUGAAAACUAUUUCCUAACUUGCAAAUAACUAUUUGUAGUCCAUGGUUUGUAUUAGUAUUUCAUUAUUUUUUCUGUAUUUUCAAACGUAUGUUCUUACAUCUUUUUCAAAAA